CUUCCAUCAUCCAGCGUUUCGACCUCCAGACACAACCCUCAAUCUCGAUCCACGAACUCAGCCAUUCUUACCGGCCACGAUCUCACAAGAACUGCCAGCUGCGCACCUUCGACAUCUGCCUACUACAACACCGCAGCCGGAUAAACCGAAUCAAGUCAUACGCCAACCAACCUCCUCUUCCUCACAACAAUGUCGGAACCCCUUGAAGGUCUCUGCUCAGAAAUUCGCGAGUCGCAGCUCUUCCGAGACGUUCAAAGAUGUCUCUACGAGUACAUCGCCUGGUUGCCUACUCACCCCAUCGGCGCCGCCCUGACCGCAGAAUCAAUGAUGCUGGAAGCAGCCGAAGUCACUCACAGGACCGUCUCCCAUCAAUACAUCCACACCACAGAGCCAGUCGCCAAAGCUCAGCUUCUCCAGGAUCAUGCGCAACUCACUGAAUUUCGUCGCCGCUUCCAAAAACACGUCAAAACACGCCGUCAUGCCACCUUCAGGGACUUUUCCACUUUCAAAGGAUGGCCCAUGUCGAGUAUCCUGCUUGCGUGGAAGCUGUCCGAAUGUUCUGCUCAACUGAUCGCGAACGUCAUCUCGAACACAAAUCUGCUCAUCGAGAAGCGCCGCAGAUGGAACGCAGAAUUGCAAUGGAGGCGUGGAGAAACAGAUCAGCGGCCGAGGAACAUCACGAUGAUGCCUCGUCGAGAACUGGUCAUCGAGGAGGUAAUCAGACGUCUGAUCGCCACUACCGACAGCUCUCAAACUCUGCCAACGAGGUUAUCGAGUCCACCUACACCGGCCACCUCGUCGGACGCGGCUGAAGACAAAACUACAUCAUGAUCCUGUCACUCUUUUUCCCACAGGGUUUUAACGAGGACAGGGAAGGCUGCUACAUAGACUCACAUUACAUUGCACUGGUUGAUGAUAUUCAACGGAGGAUCACAGACAGAUUUGCUUUACUUCUUCAAAUCAAGCAUAAACACUCAUCACCACAACGACACUUCUCCAUACCUCGUGAUGAACACACAUAUCAAGAACGACGUGACAGGACUUACGAAAUCUGAUGGGGUAGUUGUUGGCUUGUUGGAUGGUGGAUAGAUGUCAGAGAAGACUAUUGGUAACUAACUGGAAGUUGAUGUCGAGAAGAAAGAUCGCUUUUAUGGCAAAGCGUAUGUCUAGGGUCGGUGUGACAAGUCUCUGAUGGU